GUCGUUGGUCCUGCAUUCAAUUCGGGUCCGAAAAAUCUGCAGAACCUGCUACGAGUUUUAGAGAGGCCGGUCACCUGCCUAGCGUCCGCAUUUAAUACACUUAUUUCACGUUGGACGGUUGCGCUGAGGCCAGCGAAGAUCUAACCUGGGUUUUUCGAUGGCCGAUGAUCAACAGCCGCCCUUUAAUAGCCUGGCCCCUGCUUACCCUUUUCCCGCCGCUCGUCCUUACGGUUCCAACUGCGUGCCGCUCUGCAACCUCGCUCCUUUGUAUUGUCAUAUUGUCAUAUUGUGCUGGGUUACUCCUUUGCUAUCGACUUGAGCGUGGAUGGACGCACAUUUCCAGACAUUCCUCGAGGAGCUGCCAGCCCCAGUGCAGCAUUGCAAUCUCACCGACAAGAUUACCAUCAGUGAAUGGGCUCAGGUUUACCGCUCCGGAUCCCACGGCGAUGUGCUCAAGGGGGUCUACGGGGAUGACACUGUGUGCGUCAGAAUUUUAAAACUGUCUCCACUCGGGGAUGGAUCUAUCAAGAAGCUUGCACGAGUAAGAUUCAAUCUCCAUCUUUCACUUGUCUGAUGUGCAUGAUGCCUCAGUGGUUCAGGCGCGAGAUGACGGCUUGGCUUUCCCUCGACCAUGAGAAUGUCGUUAAGCCUCAUGGGUGGACCCUGGCCACGGA